AUGUCUAAAAGCUCCCGAGUCCUGUCUGGUGCACGCGCGCUGCGUACCGGACAACCAUCUAUUACUACAGGCAGUCUAGCUUUAGGCGGCGCUCUGUUGUUCGGCGGCACGGCUUACUUCUCAUACCGUUACGCGAAAGCACACGUUGCUUUGCGCGAUGAGGAGGCCUCCGUGGGCCAUGCUUCCAGCUUCCGUGUUUUUGACAAAAUUGCCGACAAGUAUGAUGAGGCCAUCGGGCAAGAGGAGGCGGCUCUUUGGUACGGAAUGAUGCGGCGCUGGCUACUCCGCGAGGCAAAAGGGGAAGUCCUAGAAGUCUCUGUUGGGACGGGCCGUAAUUUCCAGUACUAUAACCUAGACAACCGGGACAUCAAGUCGCUUACCUUCACUGACCUGAGCCCCCAGAUGCUGCUGCGAGCAGAAGACAAGUUCUUCGACGAGCUUCACCUGGGUCACAAGCACCCUCAUGUCCGGACGAAGUUCUGCCUCGCCGACGCGCAUUGCCUAGUGGACAGCAGCUCGGGCAACGCGCCGCCGAAAGCUUCUAAUGAAGACGGGACUUGGGAGACGGCGGGCACCAGGGAAAGGCCGACGUGGUGGACGUACUGGAGGCGGCGACGGCCAGAACCUGCAGAACCUGGCAGCUCAGGGGUGGUGGCCAGCGAGGCGGUUGAGGUCAGUGGCUCGGUCACUGAGGACGCUAGGGACGCGAGGGACUCGGAGGUUCUGGAGCCCGAACUCAAGGAAAUGCCUGGCUUGCACGCUAGGGGCUUGUUAAACUUUUUCCGCAUUCUGAUGCCCCCUUCUACUGAGCCGGAACCAGCGGCGUCGGCUCCGGGGGGCGACGCUUCAGAACACCCAGUGACAACAAGCAACCGUCCAACGGUUGAAUCCAGAAGAAUGUCGUCCGUGGUGCAAGGGCCGUCUCACGAGGGGUGCAGCUGUGGAGACGCAUCUCGAGCAUGCAGCUAUGCACAGCGGUGCACCUCAGGGAAAUUGGAGUCCGGGGCUCAGUUGCAUCGCUUUGCACCUGGCCAAUUUGACACAGUCGUGGACACCUUUGGACUUUGCUCGCAUGAGGAUCCCGUCCAG